AUGGUGCAUGGAGAUCUCACGGCUGCUGCAGCAGGUGCAGCAUGGGCAAGUGGCUUGGCUCGAGAACACCUUUUCGGACAUCGAGUAUUGACGACCCAACUUUCGGAUUGCCAAACCGAGGCCGAUUUAGUGGACUUCACCAAGCUGUUGGCCAGUUAUGGCCGUGUUCAGCAGUGGCCAAAGACGUUGGCCGCCUUAAUCGCAUUGGAAUCUGCUCCAUACCUCUCCGCAGUGUCUUGGAGGCGGAGAGGAUACGACUGUCUACAAUGCGGCGGCAGCAGCCUGUGCGAAGAGUGGCGGGAAGAGCAGAUUGUGGGCCUGGGCGCUGGAGAUUUUAGCUUUGCCUGUGAGAUGCCGAGUCCAGCUGGCUCACAGAUCUCCAAGGCUUCAGAGUUCUUGGGACAGCUCUCGCGCAACUCCAUACAGAUAGGUGUGCAGACCUACAACAUUCUCAUCUCUGCCUUGGUCGACUCUGCUCGUUGGCCUGAAGCUCUUGGACAAUGCGCGCAGCUGCGGGCGAACGGCUUGGAGUUGGAUGACUUUACUCGAACCACUUUGUUGUCUUCUCAACGGGAAGCCGAUGCUUGGCGUCGAGGAUUGGAGCUGAUGAAAGGUGGCGGGGCUGAGGCUGUGCGCGCGUCGAUUCAAAUGGUGGGAAUGGCCAGUGCUUGGGCUCUGGGCCUAAUUUGCUAUCGACGGUGCCCUGGCGCUGGGCCGCUGGCAGCACUGGCCGUGCAUCGUUGGCAGAGUGCUUUGGAGGAGCUGCCGAAGAUCCCGCUCCAGAGCCGUGACUUCCUGGCGCUGCUGAAGGCACCGAUCCCAGUGGAGCAGCUCUGGUGGGCACAGCGGGCACAGGGCCGUGUGUAUGGCGCAUCGCUCCCGGUCUAUGGCGCGGUCCUUGGCCGCUGUGGAGAGGAUCGGAACUGGAUCCUGUCUUUGGAUAUCUUGGAUAGCAUGCGCAGUGCCAACGUGCAGCCUGACUGUUUGUGCAUCUCAUCCAUCUUGGAUUCCACCAAGACUGAGCUCCAGACGGGCCAGACUGUGGGGACUGCCUGGCGGGUGGCCUUGUUCGUUGGAGAAGAAUUCUGUGAGGACAUUCGCUUGGCUUUGAGCUUCGGAGCUCUUCCAAAAAACCUUCGGAUGCGAAAGGCCGAAUUGCUUGGCCGUCUUUUCGUUGAAACAACCCUUUUGACAGCACAAAGAGCGCAGCGAUGA